AUGAAGAUUCAGACAAUAAUUGUAUUGUUGUUUGGACUUUUGGUUGUUACAAGUGGACGACAUGUAAAAUCAGACCACAACAACAAUGCUUUAGUUUUCAGUUUGAAGGGAUCACCCUAUACCGUUUCCAAUGUUACCGAUUGCUCUGAUUGUGCAGCGAUCGACAAUAGCUAUUGGUGUGACGACAGAUCUCUUUGUUUGAUCGAUGUCGAUGGCAAUGCAACCAUCUCAAGCUUACCGCUUUGUAAGAAUGGUUACUGCAGCGGCGAUUCAUGUCGUUGUGAAACCGAGUGUCUCAAUUCGAUCUGGCCAUGCAGUGGUACUGUCGUCGGUAUGUUGAUUCUGAUGGCCGGUUAUGGUGUCAUCUUGGCGUACGGUGCCAAGCUUAUUUCCGACGGUUCCGAAUUGCUACUGGAGAUUCUCGAUCCCGGUAUCAUUGGUGGUCUGCUUCUCCCGUUGCUCUCUGCAUUCCCUGAUGCCGCUAUCAUCGUUGUUUCCGGUGCUUUCAGUUCGCAAGCAAUGGCACAGGCACAGUUGAGUGUUGGUCUAGGUACUCUGGCCGGUUCGACAGUGAUGUUGCUUACCAUCCCUUAUUCGGCAAGUUUGUUGCUGGCUCGUUGUGAUUUGCGCAAUGGCUAUGCAGUCGAUGGUGUCUGUACUUCUAGAAGUUUGACAAAGACCGGUGUCACUGUCGACGAUGAUACUCCACUGAAUGCAAAGAUUAUGAUGCUAACAUCAGUCAGUUAUCUCAUUGUACAAGGAAUUGCAUUUGCCUAUCUCAAAGAUCCAGAUUCAGGUAAGCACGUCGAGAAAUGGUUUGCGUUGGUUGGAUUCAUUGUGUGUCUUGUAUUCUUGGUUCUCUACUGUACCUAUCAAGUGGUAUCUCCAAAGUUACAAGAGAAAAAGAUGGCUGAAGCCAAGCGUAAAUACAUGCUCAACCAAACCAUACAUCAUUUCCUUCAUAAUCUCACAAAGAGAAGAUUCCCAUCGGCAUCAACAGCAGCAGCAGCAGCAGCAACAUCAAGUAACAACAAUAACAACAGUGAAUCAAAUGCUGAAUCCGGUGAACAAUCACCAUUGCUUCAUUCAGAGCAUCAACAUUUACCAGUGGAUGUCAAGGGUAUUGGAUUAAAGUGGAAGGCAAAAGCCAAGGCAAAGGUUGCAGAACGUGAAGAAGUCACUUCAAUUCAGGUCGAAGAGAAGAAGGAUGAAGACGAUGAAGAAGAGGAGAAUCAGGGACCAGUCACACCGGAGGAACGCAAGAAGAUUGCCUUAAAGGCAGCCGUUCUUUUGGCAAUCGGUUCGGUGAUGGUAUCUGUUUUCUCAGAUCCAAUGGUUGAUGUUAUUACCGAUUUCGGUAACAAACUCAAUAUCAAACUCUUCUACAUCUCAUUCAUUGUGACACCAUUCUGUUCGAAUGCCUCUGAGCUUAUCAGUUCGCUUAUUUUCGCAUCAAAGAAGCGUAAAGCCAACUCAUCCCUUACAUUCUCUGCACUCUACGGUUCCGCCACAAUGAACAACACAAUGUGUUUGGGUAUCUUCUUUGCACUCGUAUUCUUCCGUAAUUUAACUUGGGAGUUCAGUGCCGAGACAGUUACAAUCCUAUUCGUAACAUUGUCAGUUGGUAUUAUUGGUGCAACUCGUAAAACAAUGAAAUUUUUCUGGGCACCAACCAUCCUUUGUUUGUACCCAUUAUCAUUAUUAUUGGUAUACCUCUUAGAACAGUACGCUCAUUGGCAAUAG